AAAUUGUCAUUUUUCGUGUGGUGGUGUUGUUCAGCAGUGUUGUUUGUUUUCCACUUUUCCAAUUUUUCAUGUUACUUUUAUUGCAGAUAAGGUUUUUGUGGUUGGUUUGCAGAAAAUAAUUUCUCUUUUUCAGCAGAUUCUGUGUCGAAUUCCUACUUGAAAUCGCUUGUUAAAUUAAACUUAGCAAACAUGGGUAAACGACAGCAUCAGAAAGAUAAAAUGUACUUAACCUAUACGGAGUGGACUACUCUAUAUGGUGGGAAAAGAUCUGGAACUGCUGUGGAAGAAGAUACAACAUUCAAAAGACUUCCAUUCGAUCAUUGUUGUUUAUGUCUUCAGCCUUUUGACGAUGCUUACUGUGAUCUCGACGGGAACGUAUUUGAGCUUCAAGCCAUCAUCGACUUCAUAAAGAAGUUUAAAAUCAAUCCAGUGACUGGCAAGAAAGUUGAUGUCAAGUCUUUAAUAAAACUACACUUCCAUAAGAAUGCUGAAGAUGACUAUCACUGUCCGGUACUGUUCAAACCUUUCACGAAGAAUUCCCACAUCGUGGCAAUACGAACCAGCGGCAAUGUGUACUCCUACGAGGCCGUGGAGCAGCUCAAUAUCAAGGGCAAGAACUGGAAGGACCUCAUCAGUGACACUCCCUUUGUUAGGAGCGAUAUCAUCACCAUACAGGACCCCAAUAACUUGAAUAAGUUCAAUAUUUCCACAUUUCAUCAUAUCAAGAACAAUUUGAGGGUGGAGACUGAAGAGGAGAUUGCAAUGAGAAAGGACCCACAUGCAAAGCUGAAAUGUGUGUCAGCUGAAACAAAGGAUAUAUUGCAAGAAUUGGAGAAAGAAUACAAGGCACCUGAAAAGGUUGAAACCAAAAAAGAGGUUGCUGAUAAAUUCAAUGCUGCCCAUUACUCAACUGGGAUGGUCGCAGCCAGCUUCACGUCCACUGCGAUGUUGCCGGAAACUGUGCACGAAGCUGCCAUAAUUUGUGAGGAUGAAGUCAAGUAUGACAGAGUGAAGAAAAAAGGGUAUGUCAGACUGGUGACAAAUUAUGGCCCCCUAAAUUUUGAGCUGUACUGUGACGUCACACCUAAAGCAUGCGACAAUUUCAUCAAACACUGCAAUAAUGGAUACUACAAUGGGACAAAAUUCCAUAGGUCUAUAAGGAACUUUAUGAUCCAAGGGGGAGAUCCCACAGGCACUGGUCUUGGUGGGGAGUCAAUAUGGAAGAAGCCUUUUGAAGAUGAAAUCAGGCCUAACCUACAUCACAUAGGAAGAGGGAUUCUUUCCAUGGCUAAUUCAGGGGCUAACACUAAUGGAUCUCAGUUUUUUAUAACAUUUCGAUCCUGUAAACAACUCGAUGGUAAACAUACAAUAUUCGGGAAACUUGUUGGUGGCCUGGACACACUAAACAUAAUGGAACAAAUAGAAGUGGACAACAAAGACAGGCCAGUCCACGACAUCAUAAUAGAAGUGGCUCAAGUUUUUGUAGAUCCCUUUACAGAGGCUGAAGAACAGCUUGCAAUAGAAAGAGCUGAAGAAUUAAAAAGAAAAGCUGAAUCUGAAGGACCAGGAGUAAAACCGAAGAAGGCUUCAACACAACCACUGAAGGUCUUCAGAGAGGGUGUAGGGAAAUACCUAAAUCUUCAAGAACUGGCAUCAACAACCAAAUCUAAGGCUCAAGAGGCACCGCCACCCAAAAAACCUAAGAAAGAUCCCAAAUACAAGUUUGGUAGUUUUGAUUCCUGGUAAUUAAAAACUG